AUGCUGGUGUUUCAGUGGAACUUUUUGGUUCAUGGUCGCUGCGAGUGUAUGCACAAUACAGAGGGCUUGAAUUGUGAAAGAUGUCGCGAUUUUUACAACGACUUACCGUGGAGGCCAGCCAUCGGAGAAGAUACGAACGAAUGCAGAAGAUGCGAAUGUAACGGGCAUGCGGCCAGAUGCCAUUUCGACAGAGCCGUUUAUCAAGCUAGCGGUUAUAUGUCUGGUGGAGUGUGUGAUGAUUGUCAACAUAACACGCAAGGUAAAAACUGUGAGCAAUGUAAACCUUUCUUCUAUCGUGAUCCUCAGCGACCUAUAACCGAUCCUUAUGUAUGUCUUCCAUGCGACUGUGACAAGGCUGGUUCUCAGGAUGAUGGAAUCUGUGAAGGCGAAGAAGAUCCAGAGCGUGGACUGGUUGCUGGAAAAUGCUAUUGCAAACCGAAUGUUGAUGGACCUCGUUGCGAUCGUUGCAAGAAUGGAUUUUGGGAUCUUCAAGCCUCAAACCCAGAUGGCUGUAUUCCUUGUACCUGUCAUCUACUUGGUACUUAUAACAACGAGGGAUGUAACAAGUACACGGGUCAUUGCACAUGCAAACGUCUGGUUACGGGAGAGAAUUGUGAUCAGUGUUUGCCUGAGCAUUUUGGUCUCUCAGAAGAGGUAGAUGGAUGCAAGCCUUGUGACUGUGAUAUAGGAGGUUCAUUGAAUAAUCAAUGCGAUCUAGUCACUGGGCAGUGCGUCUGUAGAGAAGGAUUCAGCGGACGAAGAUGCGACACAGCUGACUCGAGCUACUAUUGUGCGAACAUCGAUCAUUUCACGUUCGAAGCGGAAAAAGCAGAGCUGACAAACGCUGAAAUUGAAGCAAGGGAACAUCCUGGAAAAGAUGAGGCCAUGACUUGGACGGGAGAAGGCUUUGCCAGAGUGAAUGAAAGAAGUGUAAUCAGCUUCAAGGUUGAUAAUCUGCAAACCACUCAGAAAUACAAUAUUAUCCUGCGCUAUGACGCCGCGAGA